AGAAAUAAAAACUUAAAAAAGCGGCGGGGUGUAUGAAUUGAUUUAUUUUUCGUGUUCUGAAUUGAUUUUUCGAUCGGGUGUUUGAGAUUUUUCGUGUUCAGAGUAGGGCGGGGUGUAUGAAUUAAUUGAUUUUUCUUGUUCUGAAUUGUUUUUUGGAUCGUGUGUUUGAGAUUUCAGAGUAGAGAAAAUCAGAUUGCUCAGUAAAGAGAGAAGGCAGUGUUACAGCCAUGGCAUCGAAAGUUGCAGAUCCCUCUCUAGGAUUUUUAACGAGAAAAGAAACAGAGGUGAAACUGGCGAGGCCAACGAGAGUCAAAAACAAAACCCCCGCGCCGAUUCAGAUCACCGCGGAACAAAUAUUAAGAGAGGCAAGGGAGCGGCAGGAGGCAGAAAUCCGCCCUCCAAAGCAAAAAAUUACAGACGAGAGCGAAUUAGCAGAAUACCGUCUCCGCAAGAGAAAGUCAUUUGAGGACUUGAUUCGGAGGGUGAGAUGGAAUACUAAUGUGUGGGUCAAGUACGCAUUAUGGGAGGAGUCCCAAAAGGAUUUUGCACGGGCGAGGUCUGUCUGGGAAAGGGCCCUCGAGGUGGAUUACAGGAAUUCCACUCUGUGGCUUCGCUACGCCGAGGUGGAGAUGAAACACAAGUUUAUAAACCACGCCAGGAAUGUCUGGGACCGUGCGGUGUCGUACCUUCCGAGAAUUGAUCAGCUCUGGUACAAGUACAUUCAUAUGGAGGAGAUGCUCGGCAAUGUUGCAGGGGCUCGCCAAGUUUUUGAGAGGUGGAUGAAUUGGGAACCCGAUCACCACGGUUGGUCUGCAUACAUAAAAUUUGAACUCAGGUACAGUGAAGUGGACAGGGCCAGGACCUUAUUUGAAAAAUAUGUGCAGUGUCACCCCACAGUGAAGGCUUGGAUCCGCUAUGCUAAGUUUGAGAUGAAGAACGGGGAGAUUCCCAAGGCUCGACGAUGUCAUGAGAGGGCAGUUGACCAACUUGGGGAGGAUAGGCAGACUGAGGAGCUCUUUGUGGCAUUCGCUGAAUUCGAGGAGCGCUGUAAGGAGUUGGAGCGAGCAAGGUGUAUUUAUAAGUAUGCCCUUGACCAUAUACCUAAGGGACAGGCUGAAAAUCUCUACAGGAAAUUCGUUAUGUUUGAAAAACAGUAUGGUGAUAGAGAAGGUAUUGAAGAUGUCAUUGUUGGCAAGAGGAGGUUUCAAUAUGAGGAGGACGUCAAGAAGAGUCCACUUAAUUAUGAUGCUUGGUUUGAUUAUGUGCGCCUCGAGGAGAGUGUUGGCAACAAGGAAAGAAUAAGGGAGAUAUAUGAGAGGGCAAUAGCAAAUGUGCCACCUGCAGAGGAGAAACGCUAUUGGCAAAGAUACAUCUACUUAUGGAUAAACUAUGCACUAUAUGAGGAGCUUGAAGCUGAGGACAUGGAACGCACAAGGGAUGUAUAUAGGGAAUGUUUGAAGCUCAUUCCACAUAAGAAGUUUUCAUUUGCAAAGAUCUGGUUGUUAGCCGCACAAUUUGAGAUACGUCAGAAAAAUUUGACGUCUGCGAGACAGAUAUUGGGCAGUGCCAUUGGAAUGGCACCCAAAGACAAGAUAUUCAAUACAUACAUUGAAAUAGAACUACAACUCGGAAAUCUUGAUAGAUGCAGAACAUUGUAUGAAAAAUACUUAGAGUGGGCACCGGCAAACUGUCAUGCCUGGACCAAGUACGUGGAAUUGGAAAGGUCUUUAGGUGAGACUGAACGUGGUAGGUCAAUAUUUGAAUUAGCGAUAACUCAACCUGUACUUGAUAUGCCGGAGCUACUAUGGAAGGCUUAUAUAGAGUUUGAAAUAUCGGAAGGUGAAUAUGAAAAAACUAGACAUCUUUAUGAGAGACUGCUAGAUCGUACAAAGCACUUGAAAGUGUGGAUCAGCUAUGCCAAGUUUGAAGCUUCUGUUGCUUUGGAGGAAGAAUCUAAAGCUAAUGAAGAACAGAAUCAGCAGCGUGUUCUUCACACUCAUGGUGUUUUUGAAAGGGCAUUUGAUUAUAUGAGGACAACUGUCCCAGAGCAGAAAGAAGAGAGAUCAAUUCUAUUGGAGGAAUGGCUCAAUAUGGAGACUAGCUUUGGCAGUCUGGGCGAUGUGAGUCUGGUUCAGAAAAAACUGCCCAGAAAGGUGAAACGGAAAAGAGCAAUCAUGUCUGAGGAUGAAAGACCUACUGGCUAUGAGGAGUACUAUGACUACAUCUUUCCUGAUGAGUCAGACAUGGCUCCUACCCUAAAGAUAUUUGAGGCUGCCCGUAAGUGGAAGAAGCAAAGGUCUGUUUCUGGUGAAGAUUAAUUGUAUUAAUGUUGUCCAUUUGUUUCCGAUCUUUGGAGUUUUGAAGCGUAUUCCUGCCAAUGAAAUGAAUGGUCUUGAGAAAGAGUGACGUAAGUGGAAGAGUCGCAUUUCUCUUUAAGAGAAUAAUGGACACCAGUGCAUUUGCCAUGUCAACAGUGGCAGGCAUAUUUCACUUUCAGCACAGGAUAGUUAUCACAGAGAAAUGGAAGGGUGAAUACCAAGUGAAGAUGCUUCCUUCUGUGAGGGAGCUCAACUUUUCAGUCGCAGCCAGAUUUUGAUUGAGACAUGCAGGAAGCAGAGCUGUAUCUGGAAUCUCAUGGAAAAUGAGUCUGUAUCUUUACAAUUGUAUGAAAUGAUGACAGAAAUUGUAGAAGUCCUGGAUUUUUUGUCACUUCAACUUCUGGAUGUGACAGCCAAAAUCAAAUAAUAGGUGGAGCUGGUAAACAUUAUACCUAAGUAGCUUACUAUGUGAAAUUCACAAUUACCAGAAGAGCACUUAUAUUUUGAUCAGGAAGCUGCCUUUCCAAAUGUUGGUUCAAGAAAUUUCAUUCGGAUUCAAGAUGCAGGCACCUAGGAACAGCAAGGAAACAAGAGCUGGAUGCAAGACGGGUGGAAGACUAAAGAUGAUACAAGGCAACUCAACUAGGACUCGCCAUUCAGGCAAUGACGAGUCACCCUUCUUUAUAUGUGCAUUUAUUUUUCCUUGCAUCUACAAAUGUAUAAUGUUUUCUUUCAUUUGCAUUAUAAGAGUUAGUCUCACGGCUUGUGUGAGACAUUAUCCAUUUACAUUAUCAAUAAAGAUUACCUUUUUUUUAAAAAAAAAUUGUG